UUUCCUUCAUUUCACACUCAACAUCAAACUGGCCAACCAUUUUUCUCUCACUUUCAGUGUGUGUGUGUGUGUGUGUGUGUUUGAGUUUGACCCGUCGCCACCUACCGGCAGCUUCCUUCCUCUGCUCCAAUGGCGGACCCACCACCCCCACAAUUUUCUCUGUCUCUUUUCAUUUAAUGGCGUAAAAAAAAUGCAAGCUUUUUAACUGCCUUUGUUUGAGAGCCACCACUUAUUUAAUCUUUCUUCUUCUCUUCUUUCACCCUUUUUUUUGCACCUUCCAAAACCCUACUCAUUUUCGCAAUGAUCAGUCUCUCUCUCUAUCCUCUAAGCCAAGUGAUGAAAGAGAGAGAGAGGGAGGAAGCAGAACUCAUUGAUAGAUAGAUAUAUGUGUGCGAAUUGUGAUAUAUGCUUUCUUUUUUGAAGCUCUUUUUUUGUCUGAUUUGGAGGAGAUGAUAUGAUCUUACCUUUUUCAUGCAGUUUUUCAUGCUCUUGUUCAGAUUCUCUCUUUUUUCCCUCUCCAGCUUUUGCAACCAUCACUUUCUGUUUGCUGCUAGUUUACCAACUCCAUCAAUAACACCAUCUUUAAGACUUUAAACACCUCUCUCUCUCUCUCUCUCCCUCUCUAGAAAUUAAGGUCAUGGAUUCCGGCAAUAGUGGGAGUAUGCAGUCCUCCAGCGGCGGCGACGAUCAGGAAUUUGAUUCGAGCUCCUCUUUCCUGAACCCCCCUCACCAUUUCGGCUCAAUCUCCGCCGCCGCCGCCGCCGCGGCGCCGCAGUUUCUCUCUCAUCAAAACCCCAAUUUCUUCGACCCUAAUCCCUCACAGAAUCUCGAUCACGGUGGCGGAUACGCCAACGACAGCGAUCUGAUUUGGUCGAGGGGAUUGAGAUCCGACAAUCACGCCUUCUCCAACCUAGGAAACUCGCCGCUGCCGUCGCGACCUCAGCAGAUUCCGGCGGCUCCGCCGCCGCAGCAGCAGGCUAGCGCGGCGAGGAACCCUAAGAAGCGGACGCGGGCGUCGCGGCGAGCACCGACCACCGUGCUCACCACGGACACCACCAACUUCCGGCAAAUGGUGCAGGAGUUCACCGGCAUCCCCGCCGCCCCGUUCUCCGGCAGCUCCCCCUACUCGCGGCGACUCGAUCUGUUCUCCGCCGCCUCCGCCCUGAGGUCCGCCGCGCAUCUAGACGGCCUCGGCCCGCUGUACCCGCUCCGCCCCGCCGCACACAAGAUCAUGUCCCCGUUCUCCUCCUCCUCUGCCGUGCCACCGCCCCUGCUCAACUCCACCAUGAUCGACGCCAUAGUUCCGACGACGACGAUCACCAACACCAACAGCGCGUCGACAUCGAACAUCGAUCCGAACAAUUUUCAGCUGUACCAGCACGGCAUUAAUAAUCAGCAGAUGAAUUUCUCGAAUUUGAGCGGUUUCCUGAGUCGCGACGGCGGCGCCUCUGCCGCGGCGCAAUUGAGGGGCGACGACGAUCUGAGCCGGUGGAAAAGCGGGGAAACAGUAAGAAAUAAUGAUGAUUUGGCGGAAUUUGACGGCAACAACAAGAAUAUCAACAGCGGUGAAUCGCAUAAUUACAAUUUGAAUGUUGCAGAAAAAGGAAUGGAAAAUGCUGCUGCUUCUUCCACUGCUGAAGGUACGGUUGCUUCAUGGAUUUGUCCUUCCGAUUAAUUAAUUAACUCUUUUUUUCUUUAUUUCUUUCUUUUUUAGAUUAAGUUGAAGUAAUUAUGGAUUAGUGGAUUAAUUUCACUUAAUUAUAUGAUAUUUGUAUACAUGAAUUUUUUUGGUUUUAGUUUUAUUUUAUCACACUGUUUUUUCUUUUUCUUUCUCCCUGUUGAAGGAUUAUCACUCUUUUUCGCGAUUUUCGGGACAUUUUUUUCUUCUUUUAUUUGAAUUUCCAUUGAAUUUUAUGAUAAUUGUAGUACUGUGAUGCGGCUGCUGCUACUGUUGUUGUAAAUAUCUGAAGUUCCAAUUGUUUA